AUGCAUUCAAUGGGACAGCGUGACGGGGGAAAAGCUGUCUGUCGCCGACCUUUCCACUGAUGUAUUUCUCAUACAGCCGGUGCUGCAUUAUGGCAGACCACACGACUGGAGAUCAAUCAUGGUAUCGCAGUCCGUGUUUGCCUGUACAAUAACAAGGACGGAGGAAGAAAAGAGCUUUGAGCCUAGUCUGAAGUUAUUACGUGGAUGAUGUGUUUCGAUCUGCAUCACAGGUGGACACAGACAAAGGCGGCAUGCGCAUUGUGGUUGCUGGGGACCUACCUGUUGACCAUUACAGUCUGGCUGUCAACAUUUAGUACUGCAGCAGCUCUCGUAGCCUCUCUCAACAUGCCCAGGACCACGCCUACACUCAACACAAUCCGUGAACUCAUGAACUUACGGGAUCGCUCUCAAACCGUAAAGGAUUAUUUUAGUUUGUUCUAUCGAGCACGGCAUCUCGCCCGCCCACCUGAAGGCAAGGGGAUGACAGUAAAGUAAGCAUCCAUUUGUCUCCGCCUCUUUAGUUAGGCACCUUGCCGAUGAAUGUAAGGCUAUGUAAGGCUGCCCGAAGGUGAUCCAUUGGGUACCGGAGCGGUCAAUGCACCUGACCAACAUCAUGUUUGUGUGAAUUGUGGCAUGUUGGAGUCGUGGGAGAGUCAGUAGCUCCAAUACUGAACCCACACAGACACACAGAAAGGAUGACCGUGAGUGACAGGCAACCAGCCCUUUGUCUCCACCUAUCGUCUUGCUGAAACCCUUUCUCUUGCAUGCGAUCGUCGUAGCGGCCGGCCUUCUCCUCCUCGGCCUCAUCCAAACCAAACCUGAAAACGACAACAAGAGUGACUGUGCGCACUGGCGAUUCAUUCUCCGUACUCGUCUACGUCGUUAGCCAUGUGUGCAUCGACGCCACCCCCACCACCACCGCUGUCCUCGACAUGAUCCACAUGGACACACAACAGUGGACAAGGGCGGAACAGCUAUCGGCUCACGACCCCCCAUGAGUCAUUCCUGCCUCACCAUCACUCAGAACAUGCAUCGAAACAUACUCUCAUGUAAGUGUAAUGCACUCAUGAACCGCGAGCGUCGAUACGGAGGAAUGCUCUCUCUCUCUCUCUCUCUCUCUCCAUCUGUGUGUGUGUGUACUGCCAAGAUACACAAAUCAAUGAGGACAAAUGGAGCCAGCCCCCAUCCACCCAAACAAAUGGACCACCCAAGUGCAGUGCAUCGGCUCGCGCCUGUGCUGUGCACGUGGCGUGUCUGUGCGUGUGUGUGCACGUGGGCCGCGACUGCCAAUCGGACAUCACCUAUUGCAAGACACAACAAAGGUCCAUUCAGCAAGAAACACCCUCUCACCUUCUCUGUCGCACGUUCAGCUACAUGUAAGUACCUUACUUGUCGUCGCCCUUGCUGACCGCGGCCUUGGGGUGGCUGCUCAGCAGCUCCUUGAUGUGGAACAGGAGCUUGAUGACCUUCUUCGCGGCCUCAACGCCCUCCUCCCACGUCAUGUGUGCCGCGUGUAGAGCCCACAGCAGCCGCAACACCCACAGCAGCAGCAGCAGCAGCACGGUCAGCAGCGCCACCACGACGAUGGCACCAUGCCCGCUCCUCAAUGCAGUCCCCGAACAAACGCACGGAAUAGUAGCUUUCCAUACUACACAGGCGUGCGAAGGGAUGGCGGUCUCGACUGUCUGUGUCGGUCACGGUGUGGAAGGGCGGCGCGUCCCACUCUUUCUCCCUGCCGUCCCAACAUCCGUUCCCUCCCCAUCUUCUCUCACCUUCCGGUCGAUGUGGAUGUACCACAGCUCAUUGGUGAGCUGCCCGCACAUCUUGCUGUCCAGACGAUGGUACAGCGGCUCCCCUGACUCACUUUCCACGCAGCCCACAACGUACUCGCACUUCGGCAU